AUAUUUUCACUUUUCAAACUCUCAUAAAUGCCACUUCUUUUCCUGGAAAUACAACCGAUCAUAUGGCCUUGAUAGCUUUCAAGUCCAAGAUUUCAAAUGAUCCUCAAGGGAUUUUGAAGUCCUGGAAUGAUUCUAUCCAUUUCUGUAGAUGGGAAGGCAUCACUUGCAGCCGUAGAAAGGAUAGAGUCACCAUCUUGGAUCUGUCAUCUAGGGACUUGGUGGGUUCUUUGUCUCCUUUCAUUGGAAACUUGAGUUUCCUUCGGGAGAUUAGACUUUUCAACAACAGCUUUCAUGGUGAUAUCCCUCCCGAAAUUGGUCGCCUAUUCAGGUUAGAGGUUAUCUAUCUCACUAAUAAUUCUUUUGACGGAAAGCUCCCACCAAACCUGUCUCAUUGCUCCAACCUCAAUGCCCUCAAUAUUGGUAAAAAUAAGUUAGUGGGAAAACUUCCAAUGGAGCUUGCUUCCAUGUCCAAGCUCAAACAUCUUUCCAUUCACUUAAAUCAUUUUACUGGAGGAAUCCCACCUUUCAUUGGGAAUCUUACCUCUUUGGCGGUCUUAUCCACAGGUGGUAAUGACUUUGGAGGCAACAUUCCAGAUGCCUUAGGCCAAUUAAGAAACCUGUGGUUUCUUGGACUCGGAGGAAAUAAUCUUUUUGGUAGGGUCCCCCCAACAAUCUAUAACCUUUCCAUGAUUUCUAUUUUCUCCUUAUCUGACAAUCAACUUGAAGGAAAUCUUCCAUGGGAUAUGGGACUCACCCUUCCUAAUCUAGAAGGGAUUGAAAUAGGGAGAAACAAUUUUAGUGGGCAGAUUCCAAUAACACUAUCCAAUGCUUCAAAACUUGCAAAUAUAGACAUGCCAACAAAUAAUUUCUCUGGAAAGCUAAAAGUUCCUUUUGGGCUCCUACAACAUUUGCAAUGGCUAUUUUUAGGUGAAAAUCAUCUAGGAAGCGGAGAGGCUGAUGAAAUGAAUUUUUUAUCUGUCUUGGUCAACUGUAGCCAACUGAAAAUUUUAGAUGUUGAUAAAAAUCAGCUUCAAGGAAGAUUGCCAAAAUCAAUAGCCAAUCUAUCAAAUCAACUAUGGGUCCUUCACUUUGGAUGGAAUAACCUAUUUGGAGACAUCCCUCCAGAGUUAGGGAAUCUUGUUAAUUUAAAUGUAUUGGAUUUGCAUGAUAAUCAGUUAACAGACAAAGUUCCAAAUGAAAUAGGUCAACUUGGGCAACUAAAGGACAUGUUUCUUGGCAAAAAAAAACUUAUAGGGGAAAUUCCAGGUUCUUUUGGAAACUUAACGCUAUUGAUUAUGCUUGCCCUAGAACAAAACAAGUUAAAUGGAAGUAUACCUUCAAGCCUUGGGAACUGCCAAAAUUUGGAGGAAUUGGUUCUUUUUCAAAAUGACCUUAGUGGCUCUAUACCUAAUGAACUUUUCAACAUUUCUGCUCUGAGUAUAGGAAUUGCUCUUUCCUCUAAUCAUCUGGUUGGAUCUCUACCUUCAGAAGUUGCUGAAUUGAGAAACUUAGAUAUAUUGGCUAUAGCUGACAACAUGUUGUCUGGAGAAAUUCCAACUAGCCUAAGUGGUUGCACUAGUCUAGAGUUCCUUUACCUCAAUGGAAACCACUUUCGAGGUAGCAUUCCUGAAUCUUUAAGCUCUUUAAGAGGAAUUCGAGAACUUGAUCUUUCUGACAACAACUUAACUGGUAAGAUCCCUCAAUUCAUGGAAACUCUCGCAUUGGAAUAUCUAAAUUUGUCUUUCAAUAACUUUGAAGGAGAGAUUCCUACAAAAGGCAUCUUCAGAAAUGCAAGUGCAGUAUCUGUUAAAGGAAAUAAGAACCUUUGUGGAGGAAUUGUUGAACUUGGGUUGCCUAAAUGCAGCAUCAAAGUAACAAAGAAAAGUGAACUGACGCAUUUGCAUAUAAUAAUUAUAGUUGUCUCACUUGUGGGAGUAAUUAUUGUAUCCAUCUUCUUGCUCUAUUGGACUAAAAGAAAAAACAAAGAUCAAUCUCCCAGAUUCUCCUUGAAAGAGCCUUUAAGGCAACUUUCUUACCAAACCCUCUUUAAAGCCACAGAUGGUUUUUCUUCAACAAAUUUACUUGGUAAGGGGAGCUUCGGAUCUGUCUACAAAGGAGUUCUCGAAGAAGAUGGAGCUAAUGUUGCAGUCAAAGUACUUGAUCUUUUGUAUCGAGGAGCUUCCAAGAGUUUCAUAGCAGAAUGCGAAGCCUUGAAGAACAUUCGUCAUCGAAACCUUGUAAAGUGCAUAACUUCUUGCUCAAGCAUCAAUUUUCAGGGGAAUGAUUUCAAGGCUCUUGUUUAUGAGUUGAUGCCCAAUGGAAGCCUGGAGACAUGGUUGCAUUCAUCCGCUCAGGAAACAAACAAUGGCCAAAAUAGAGUCCAGAGUCUAAAUUUAUUACAGAGGAUAAGUGUUGCUAUUGAUGUUGCCUCUGCUCUUGAUUAUCUCCAUUACCAUUGCGGGAAGCCAAUUGUUCAUUGUGAUCUAAAGCCGAGCAAUGUUCUUCUAGACAAUGAAAUGAUUGCUCAUGUUGGAGAUUUUGGGCUUGCAAAGCUUGUUUCAUCAGAAUCCAAAACGUCAAACCGAAGUAGCUCAAUUGGAGUGAGGGGAACCGUUGGGUAUGCCGCUCCAGAGUAUGGCUUGGGAAGUGAGGUGUCAAUACAUGGGGAUAUAUACAGUUAUGGAAUCCUAGUGCUAGAGAUGAUGACAGGAAAAAGGCCCACCGACAGCCUCUUUGAAGGAGGAUUUAAUCUUCAUAACCAUGCGAGAAUGACCUCACUUGAUCAGAUUGUGGAGAUUGUAGACCCAAAGCUCGUACAAGAGGCUGAAGCAACGAUUGUUAAUGCACAGAGGUCACGAUUUAACACCAUAAUGGAUUGCCUAGUCUCGAUGAUCAAGAUCGGAGUGGCAUGUUCCAUGGGGUCGCCUCAAGAUCGUAUGCUCAUGGGUACUGUUCUCAAGGAGCUGCAUCUUAUCAAGAACAAUCUUCAACGUAGUCGGGGUAACUACUAGUAUAGCAACAAGCUCCAUGUUUGAAUCUGUAAACAUACUUAGCUAUGAAUAAGCAGAAAGUGUGUUGCUGCUGUGUACUUUAGAGGUGUGAAGCUUUCUUAGUGAGAGUGGUUUAAUUUUACGCUUUUGGGGUUGCUCUGUGCACUCCUGUUCUGUUUCCUCAGUUUGCUUUGUACUGUUGUGGUUUUCUUGUACAAAAUAAUGUUGUCCGGCGCAAUACUCUCUGCUUCAAGCAAGCCAGACUACACAACCCAACAAACACUUGACAUAAAGACUAUACAUAUAGGCUGUAAAGGCAAGAGGCUCCAUCUACAGUGGAUAAAAGAGUAUGGGACUG